AUGAGCAGAGAAGUUCAAAAGGAAAACAGCACCCCAUCGACAGAGGCCCACCAAUACGUGGGGCCGUACCGUCUGGAGCGAACACUGGGGAAAGGUCAAACCGGCCUCGUGAAACUGGGAGUGCAUUGUGUCACCGCGAAAAAAGUGGCAAUUAAAAUUAUCAACCGGGAAAAGCUCAGUGAAUCAGUGUUGAUGAAAGUGGAAAGAGAAAUAGCUAUAAUGAAACUAAUUGACCACCCACACGUCCUUGGCCUGACGGAUGUUUAUGAAAAUCGGAAAUAUUUAUAUCUGGUGCUGGAGCACGUUUCCGGCGGGGAACUGUUCGACUAUCUGGUGAAAAAGGGCCGACUCACACCGAAGGAGGCGCGCAAGUUCUUCCGGCAGAUCAUCUCAGCGCUGGAUUUCUGUCACUCGCACUCGAUAUGCCAUCGUGAUCUGAAACCGGAAAAUCUGCUGCUAGACGACAAGAACAACAUCAAAAUUGCGGACUUCGGAAUGGCGUCACUGCAGCCGGCCGGAUCGAUGCUGGAAACGUCCUGUGGGUCUCCGCACUACGCCUGUCCGGAAGUGAUUCGGGGUGAAAAAUACGACGGCCGACGGGCGGACGUGUGGUCCUGUGGGGUCAUCCUGUACGCUUUGCUGGUCGGUGCGUUACCCUUCGACGAUGACAACCUGCGGCAACUGCUGGAGAAGGUGAAACGGGGAGUGUUUCACAUUCCGCACUUCGUACCGCCCGACUGUCAGAGUCUGCUGAAAGGCAUGAUCGAGGUGAACCCGGAGAAGCGACUGACGUUAUCGGAGAUCAACAAGCACCCUUGGGUAACCGCUGGCGGCAAGGGAGAACUGGAACUCGAGCUACCAAUGAUGGAAGUCGUUCAAACACAUGUCAUUCCCAAUGCCUCCGCCGUCGAUACGGAUGUGUUGAAUGCAAUAUGCUCGCUAGGUUGCUUCAAGGAAAAAGAUAAACUAAUACAGGAGCUGUUGAGCCCAAACCACAACACGGAAAAAGUUAUCUAUUUUCUACUGCUGGAUCGGAAACGACGGCGUCCGGCAGUAGAGGACGACGAGGAUGUACUUAGGCCGCGGAACGACAUCAUCGAAAUAGCCGAUCCACCCCGGAAACGGCUCGACACCUGUAGGAUCAACGGUAGCAGUGGCCUUGCCUAUGGUCAGAUUAGCGAAGGAUCGCCGAUGACUUCGCGAAGGCAAACAUUUAACAAUGGCCGCAGUCACAGCGGCAGUAGCCGACGCUCGCCCUCGUCCGUUCCACUGUCGCGCAGCUCAUAUCAAAGUCCGACCCGUGGAGUGGUCAUAAACUCCAGUCAACCACUUACUCAACUACACCCUCCAUCCUCGCCGAACUCUGUAGUGAAUAGACACGCCAAUUAUGCCAGCAGAGACCGCAAGUCACAGCUUAUCGAUCCUGCUUCCCCGGUGCACCAUCGGGCGAACUCAGGUCCCGCAAUUACGGUGGGACUUUUCUCGGAAACGGACUCCAACAAUAUGACAUCCUCGAUCAACGCCAUUCCGGGAUCACCCAUUUUGGGAAGCCCACAACUCGCCGGAGUAACCGCUGGACAAGGGCAAAUGUGGAAAACAAGGCUAACAAACAUUAAGAACAGCUUCCUGGGAAGUCCAAAGUUCCAUCGGAGGAAAUUGCAAAUUUCCACUGAAGAAGUUCAUCUCACGCCGGAGUCGUCGCCUGAGCUGACGAAAAAAUCGUGGUUCGGAAAUCUAAUGACUACGGAGAAGGACGAAACAUUUACGGUGUUGGUCAAGGGGAGACCCCUGGCGACGGUGAAAGCCCAGCUUAUCCAUGCUUUCCUAUCGAUGACCGAACUGUCACACAGCGUCCUUUCGCCGAUGUCGUUUCGUGUGGAGUACAAGCGGGGCGGCACAGGGCCGACCAUGUUCCAGCGGCACGUACGGAUACAAGUGGACAUCAAUACGAUCUGCAAGCAAGGCGAUGUGAACGAUAUGUUGUUCGCCAUCACGUUCACCCUGAUCUCCGGCAAUAUUCGACGUUUCCGGCGCAUCUGCGAACACAUCCAAGCGCAGGUCUACUCGAAACGCUACCCGGCACUAACCAGUCCGACCAAUCAGCUCAACAAUAAGGUUUCCACGAGUUCGGUCGCCGAGAGCAUAUCGUGCGGGUCGGAUUCGAGCGAUCGGGUGAACUACAAUAAGCACCAAGAGUCGGACAUUGAGACGGAAACCUUCUACGAUAACAGCAGCAUUGGAAAGGCGAGACGAUCUUCGGCUACGUCCUCUAACAAGAAUUCCGUCUCGUCGGACGAGAUCGAGAUUAAAACCGUGCGAUCAAGCUCAGAAUCGACGGAACGUGACCGGGAGCGCAGCGCCGAACGAACGGCGGCAAUGUCCGGUAGCGCGCUAGUAUGA